AUGCUCGCUGAGUGGUUGUCAGAUGCAACAGGUAGUUGGAAGUUAGUUCAUGAAUGCUUAGAAAAAAGCUUAAGUAAACUGCUUGAAAAGCGUUUUGCUGCCAACCUUAUGGAUAGCAAGUAUGAAACUAUUGAAGACUUCGACGAAUGGCUAUCUGAACUUGUAAAACAUAGUCCAUGGCGUAAAUUAAUUUACAAACUUGCUGCGCAAAGUCCUCGAUCGAAAUUCCUAAAAAAGGCAGUGCAAGUUAGCUCUGCUGCUGGUUUUCAGCAUGAGAUCACAGAUGUUCGCAUUGCUAUUCAGCAAGUGGAAAUUUAUUCUCACUUAUUACUAAAAUCAAUUGAUACAUGUUUUCGAAAAUACAACGAUGGGCCUUUAACAGAAGAGUAUGAAAAAGCAUUUUCAGAAGUUUGCCAUGUAGUUUUUUACAGUGAGCAAACGUAUUUAUUCACGCAAGCUCUUCUACAUGAAAUUAUCGUGAAUGACAAGAAUGAAGCAGCAAUAAUCUGUACACAUUUGUCACAAGCGCUGCAAGUCGAAGCUCACAAACGUGAUUAUCAGGACACGUUCGACAUUAAUAUGGCUUUAUCCACAGGAAGUGAAAUUUUUGGUGAAGUAAAGCAAAUUGUGCUGACGAUGUUAAGCAAAAAAUCUUUAAAUCCAGCAGAUAUCAUACGUCUUUAUGAUCUUUAUAGCUCAUCAGAACCACCACCUACUGAAUUCAUCCAAUAUCCAUUUUUCAUUGAUAUGCUUAUUGACUCACUGUAUUGUUACGAGGGAAAUAAAAUUCAGUCAAUUCAUCGGUCCAAAUAUAUCUUUUUAUUGUCUUACGCUUCCUGUGGUGGUUCACGAAGUGCUGAUGGCGAGUCAGUAAAUGAGGAGUUUGAACAAACUAAAAGUGCUAUGGAGAGCGUACUAGAUAGCAUAAGAUCAGAACGUGAUCCGACGAGACAUUUUCAUUUAUUACUUAAUGCAAUAACAUUUCCUUCAAUUGCCAGCGGAAUUUUGUAUUAUAUACACGGAUUCUUGCUAAGCGAUCAAAUACUCAGCGAUCUGCAACUGUUCCACAUCGUUUUAUUAGAUGAGAUUGCAAGCAAUCACCCUGCUUUACACAUCAGGCUAUUCGAAGUGCUGUGCGCCCUGUACGAUCGCCAAUCGGAACUCUUACAACCAGCCGAAGUUAUAAUUGAAAAGCAAAGAAUCAUCCUGGAUCGUUUUAUCCAUCUACUCUCUGUUGGCUUUUCAUUACCAGUAUUGGAGAAAAUCAAUAAUUUGUUUUAUGAAGGGCAGAUUGACGUGUCGCUUGCAAGAUACUUUGCAAUAGACGUUCUGGAUAUCAUCGAUCCACCCUAUUCUACGGCAUUUGUUGAAAGAUUUCUACCAAUAUUAUUAAAUCGAGAAAUCUUUGACAAACCUACGAUUCUAAAAAUGCCAACGGUGCAAGAAUUCAUACAACGUGUCACUAAUGAUCGUGAGGAAGGUGCAGUGCAAACUAGCUGA